AUGAACGUCUCCUCGUGUCUCCUGUGUGUCAUCAGAAGUGUUUCUCUCCCCACAGCUCUGCCCCGUCAGAGGAUAGAGUUGCUGUUCAACAAGCUUUUCCAAAUCGAGACGUCUUUUGAGUGUCGUUUCGACCACAUCGAGGUUCGGGACGGUCCCUUUAGCUUCUCGCCACUCAUCAGUCGGUACUGUGGCUCUUCCAGCCCUGGUCGCGUCUUCUCCAGCGGGCGCUUCAUGUGGAUCCGCUUCUACAGUGACGACGAGCUGGAGGGGAGUGGCUUCUAUGUCCAGUACAAGUUUACUGCAGACCCUGAAUUUCAUCUGCAUGUGGGAGGACUUUUAAACCCUAUUCCAGAUUGUCAGUUUGAGCUGUCGGGGCUUGACGGCCUGAUUCGGUCCACUCAGGUGGAAGAAGAAAACAAACUGAAGCCAGACCAGGCGGUGGACUGCAUAUGGACGAUACGAGCCCCAGCAAAGACCAGGAUUUACUUGAGAUUCUUGGAAUACCAGAUGGAAAACUCAAACGAAUGUAAGAAGAACUUUGUGGCAAUUUAUGAUGGCAGCAGUGCCAUUGAAGACCUAAAGGCCAAGUUUUGUAGUACGGUUGCUAAUGAUAUCAUGCUGGACACCAGUUUUGGAGUAGUGAGAAUGUGGGCGGAUGAGACCAGCCGUCUUAGCCGCUUCCGGAUGCUCUUCAGUAUCUUCUACGACCCACCUUGUAUGGGCAACACGUUCUUUUGCCACAGUAACAUGUGCAUCAACAACUCUCUGGUGUGUAACGGCAUGCAGAACUGCGUCUUCCCCUGGGAUGAAAGUAAUUGCGUUGAGAAAAAAGCCAGAGGAGUGUUUUUACACAUAACCAAAACACAGGCGACAAUAAUCUGUGUGUCCACGGGGGUGGUGCUGUUGCUCCUCAUUUUCUCCAUUAUGGUGCAAGUAAAGCAGCCCCGAAAAAAGGUGAUGGUCCGAAAAAACAAGCUCUUUCAACGUGCUGACCUCCCAAAGAUGUUUGACCCACUGCACUAUGAGCUCUUCACUCUCAGAGACAAGGAGAUAUCGGGGGAGCUUAGAGAGAUUCCAACCGAGCUCCAAGCGCUCAGGAGAUCAUCAUCAGGAUCACGCUGCGUUCAUGAACACCACUGCGGCUCUCAGGCGUCUCUCAACUCUGUUAAAGCCGCUCAUGGUCUGUUUUUGGGAAGGGGAUCCAUGGAGAUCCCACCCUUCAGGAUGGACUGCCAGGCAGCUUUACCUCCACUGAGAGACUACAACAGCAGCCUGCUGAAGAAAAGCUGGCCUAGCCUGAAGCAAAGCCAAAUACAGAGUCAUCCUGGGGAUCGAGUGGUGUGGCAGCAGGACAGAGUGGUGGAAGAGGAAGAUGAGGAGGAGGAGGAGGGAAGGUACGAUUUGUAUGUGCGAAGAGCAGGAAGUCAUAGAGGCAGAUACAAAAGAGCUCAGCAAAGAUCUCUGUCGAUGGACUUUUAAAAUAAAUACUGAGAGUUCUCUGAUAUUUGCCUUUUUCGUUUUCAUUUGUCAAUAAGGCCAAAAAUGUAAAAUGUUUACCUGUAAAGCUUGUGAAUGCUCUUGAGUAGUCUGUAAAAAAAUGUUGAAUUAAGGAACAUUCUAUCAUUGUGAGUUUUGUUUUUUAUGAAUUUGAGAAAACAUUUUGCUAUUUUUUGCUGGAAUUUAGUUAAAAUAAAAAAAAACAUGAAAAGGACAGAAUGUUAUUUCAGAGAAAAUGUAAUCUUCUAGACUUUGCUUCAUGUAAAUACUAAAAAUAAAACGUCAUUCU